AUAAACAAUAAAGGAGCGACGACAAGCGCAGACUGGGUUGUGUAGUGUUGACUGGCCGCCCUUCUUCUAAUCUUCUUGGGAAUAUAUGAAUCUCCCUCUACUUUUGUUUUCAGGGCAAAAUAACACUAUUAACUACUACCAGCUACUGGGAUAAAAGAAGUUAUGUUUAUUCAUAAAAUGCUGUUGACCUAAAACAAAAACAAAAAAAUAGAACAAAAACAAAAGCAGUAUUUAAUUUUAGUGAGAGUGUUAGAUCAUAUUCGGAUAGAAAAUGCAUCGAAUUGCGAUAUCAACUAGAAGGCCUUGGCUGUGCAGCUGCUCCUGUAACUUGCAAGCCUUAAAUCUCCCGUUGCAAAAUACAGUUGUCAGGUAUGGCACUUUUUCAAGGCAGCGAUUACUUGUAAGCAACACCUAUUUAGUCAUUAAUCCCACAUGGAAAGGCAUUGAGCUCAAUGGGACAAAUGUGCGUUGUAUGUCUACUUCAGGACAGCCUCCUGAUUCCCAGGAUCCAAAGAAAGACGUUCGCAGCUCGGACGCCAAUGUGCUGAGAAAGGAAGAUAUGAAUAACAACAAAUUUAAAUUUGAGAAGGUUUUUAGUCUCAUUUAUGAAAAGGGACACCAAUUUCAGUCUUAUGGAGAUACUUUAAAACAGAAGAUGGAGACAAGCAAGGCUUUAUUGACCUCAAAAAUAGAAAGAAAGGAGGGAGAGAAAUGGAAAGAUACAUUCAACCGCUGGUAUGAGAAUUAUCAAGAUUUCGUUGGAAUUACUGACCUUAAAAAAGCUCAGGACAAAGUCACUGAGUUAUCAGAAACUCUUCUGGAGACACAGAGCAAACGGAGAGAAUUUCAGGUUGAAAUUGAGAAACUUCAGGAGAACCUGAUCAUCAAUCAGCAACGAAUUACCAAGACGGAGCUCUACUCAGACGAGCAUUACACGCUAUUUGAUGAGGCUAGAGAGAUGAAUGCAAGUUUAAAGACACUGCGUGGGGAAUUUCAAAUAUGUGAGCGUUUGGAACGAGAUACCUUUAGCCAGCUCUCAGCUGCUAUCCGUGACUGUCAUGAAAGAGAACGGUUUCAGGCGGAACAGAGCAAGUAUUGGUCAAUUAUUGCAUCAUUGGUAUCAGCAGCUCUUGCAUCGAUAAUCACAUCCAUCAAUAACUGGGUGAGAAUCCGAGAAGUGAAGGAGCAUGUGAGCACCAACAGCAAACAGCUGAUGGCUGGGUACAUUCAGAUGCACAGUGAUGUUAUCAGUAGCAUCUCAGAAAAGCUGAAUGCUGCCAGCACCUUAACCACUGAUGACAAGAGCAACCAAACAGAUGUUCCAGGAGCACAGUCUAGUAUGUCAGCUGAUGGUACUACUCAAAGCAAGAAAGUUGUUCAUCAAGGAUCUGAAAAAUUAAGUUCCCAAAGUGCAUUUAAAGAUGAACUGGCACAUUUAGCAGAUUCAGUUGGCAGUGCUAAAAAAGACAUAGACAAGUUAAUAACAGCUGUCGGGUCACUGAAAGAGAGCAUGUCUGCAUUAAUCAGAGCUGAAGAACAAACCUUUAAGGGUCAUGUUGCCUCUCUCUUAUCUAAAGAAAGGAAGCUUCUUUGCAAACAGAUAAACUCUCAGUUAGAAUCAGUAUUUGCUAAGGUAUUUCUGACAUCAGAAAAUAAUGGGGGGGAGACACUGUUAUUAGAUGAAGAAUCCAGGAAUUCCCUUCCUCUUACUUUAGAUGAUCGAGGAAAGCCAGAAAUAUAUGUUGUAGAGUAUAGCUACUAUCAAAUUUUUACAUUCAUGGCAGUUGGAGCAGGUAUAGGGAUGUCAUUUGCAGCUAUUCUGUCAAAAUUGUUUUCAAAUGGGUAACCUUGAUGUUAUUCAUUAUGCUGGGUGGUGUGUGUAGGUGUCAUUAUAUGAAUUAAGUAAUAUAAUUAACAAGUGAAACAAAAGGCACUCACACUGUUAGCCCAGACAGGUAGCUGUUAGCAGCAAAUCUUGACCUAAUUACAGGCAAACUUAUAUGAUAUCUAGAUUGUUUUGGCAUGGGAAUUUAUCAGUGAAUUAAACCCCUUGUCUCAUAAAUGUAUGUGUGGGAAUAAGUGUGAGGUGGGGGUUUAUGUUUGUGCUUGCAAGCAUAUGCAUGUAUUAUAUAAUGUGUAUAUAUUGAAUACAUACAUACAGAACAAUGUUUCUAUAUUACUCUUAAGAAUUUCUCAGAAAGUAAUGCAUUUAUAUUCCUGUAAGUAGACAGUCUAGUCACUGUAUUACUCUGAGUCAUCAGAUAAAACAAAAUUAAAUAUAAGUUGGUGAUAUCCUCCAUCCAGUUAUAUUGAUUUACAGCCUUUACUGUUAUAGUGGAGAAGUAUGACUUGUAGUAAUGGUGACUACAUAAAUAGAUGUCCAGUGCAUGAGGGGUAAGUCAGGCAAAGACUUCCAUAAUAAAAAUGGUGAAAGUAUACUGUGGAAUUUACAGUAGGUUUAGCAAAAUAAACGUAAGAAAGUAAUAGAUAAUACACUUUUUUUUUGGAUGUUAUCACAUCCAGACUUUUAUAAAGAGAAAUCUUGUAUUACAUUUUUAUAUAUACAUGUUUAAUUCCUUAUGUAUUGGGGAAAUAAAUAUAUAGUCAGUGGC